CCCCCUUCACUCUUAUCAUCUUCCCAAUUCAACAACUACUCUGCUUUCUCCAAUUCAUUCACGAUGGACAAGUUUCACGCCGGCAGAUCCAACUUCUCGCAAACCUGCAACCUUCUCAGCCAAUACUUGAAGGAGAAUGGCGGAUUCGGUGACCUCAAUUUCACCCCCAACUUUCCUCAAUCCUCCAUAGGAUCUGUCAAUCCGGAUCAGAAUCCAAAAGCGGGAAAGGAGAUCGGGCAAAUGACGAUAUUCUACGCGGGUAAAGUGAUUGUGCUGAACGAUAUUCCGGCGGAGAAGGCCAAGGAGAUCAUCAAUCUAGCCACCACCACCAAUAAUUAUGCCGCGGUUUCGCCGCUUGGCUCAGAUCUACCAAUUGCAAGGAAGAAUUCACUAGCUCGGUUUCUGGAGAAGCGGAGAGAUAGGGUCGCCGGAGCUGCGCCGUACAAGGCGAGCAAACCGGCGGUGAAGGCGGAGCCGUGGCUGGAAAUGGACCGGCUCCAGAUUCAGCGCAAUUAGGGUUUCAGAUCCAUCGGAUUUACUUAUUUACAUGUAUUGUAUUGUAGUAUUGUAUAAUUUCCGCUACUCUACUCAUCUCAUAUAUUACUAUGUUUUAGGAAGCAAAAUACAAACAACAUCUAAUCGUUAUAUGUAUAUGUUCGAUCUUAGUUUCUUUUCA